AUGGCUUUAAUUGAAAGGACAUUAUUAAGGCUUUGUUUUAUUUUUACUGAGAAUUUAAUGAUUCGAACAUUUCAGCUGUAACAGUUGAAUUAUUUAAGUCUUGCAGGAAUGACAAGUUGUUCUGAUGAUACCACGUUUGUUACAGUUUAGUGUUUUAAUUUUAUAUGUCUCUGAAAUUAUUUCCGGCUCAACAUAUGAGCAACUGGGACCCAUCGAUGUAGUUCGAAUGUCAACAGUCGGAAACAUAAGUUACGAAUGUUUCGAAAACGAAUAUGAUAUGCCACUGGUGUUUUGGCAUAAGGCCAAUUUAGAGUCGAAAUUAGCGUUGAUCCGUUCUUUGAAUGAACAAGACGUGAGCAUUAAACGUGAACUGCUAACAGCUGGUUGCAAGUGGCUCUGGAGUUCGGUACCAGGGUUGAUAUUACUUGAAGUGUAUUUGGGAGACCAACUAAUUAAGUCUUUUAAAAAGCGAGGAAAUUUAUACUCUUCAAUUAUAACUAAAACCAACAGUACGCAAUGGAGGUGUGAUAAUAGCAGUUUUGUAGAACAUGUAGAAGUCAGCUUUGAAAAUAAAAUCACUGUUAUAGUUGAAGCCAAUUUGUCGGCAGUGACGAUCAAUCAGUGUGAGAAAUCAGAAGAACCAAAUCCAUUCAAUGGGACAAACAGGUGCCAUCGUACAACCAACUGUACUUACAGGCCUGGCGAUCGGCCGUUUGUUGCUGGAAAUUACUGGUGCGUGUGCAAACCGGGAUAUUAUUCGGCACUAGAUAAGUUUGAUGGGGCACUAGUUGAAAUGGCUUCGCCGGAAGAAAUCGAUAACAAAUAUUCGUGUCACAAGUGCUGGGAAGGAUGUGACGUUUGCGAUGGUCCUGAGAGCUGUAUGGCCAAAUUCAUGUGGACUCAAAGAGGCACGUUUCUCGGUAUUACAGUUGUCUGUAUAAUAUUUACGGUGAUAUUGAUAUGGUUCGUCCACAAAAACCGGAGAAUCAAAGUGUUCCGAAUAGCAAGUCCGACGUUUCUGAUAAUCACGUUAAUCGGCUGCAUUAUUAUGUAUUCAGAAAUGGGAAUUAUGUUUCCUGAAUGCACCCAACAGUUGUGUGUGGCUACAAAGUGGACACGACAUUUUGGAUUUUGUAUAACGUACUCUGCGUUGUUAAUGAAGACUUGGAGAGUAUCGCUAACAUACAGAGUGAAAUCAGCACACAAAUUGAAGCUCACUGAUAAACAGUUGCUGCAGUGGAUGACCCCGAUAUUGGUGAUAAUAUUGGUUUAUAUGGGAGCUUGGACUCUUAGCGAUCCACCCCAAGCGGUAUUGGAAAAAGAAACGGAAACUAAUCUAAGAUUUUGGAGGUGUUCGAACGAUUGGUGGGACUAUUGUCUGGCAGCUGGAGAAGUGCUGUUCUUGGCGUGGGGAGUUCGGGUAUGUUACGUCGUGCGGAACGCAGAGUCAUUUUACAACGAGGCGCAGUCCAUCAACUUUGCUAUCUACAACAUAUGCUUUGUGAACAUCAUCAUGAUGACGAUACACUUUUUUCUGUUUCCCGACAUCGGUCCCAACUUCAAAUACACAUUAGGAUUUAUUCGAACGCAAUUGAGCACUUCAGUGACCAUAGCUUUGGUGUUCGGUUCAAAAGUUGUGAGAGUAUUGAAUGGCCAAGGUGACCACUGGGAUAACAAACAUCAGGCAAAAGGCUUAGUGUCAUAUGAAAUGAGUGAUAUUUGUGAAGAAACUAACGAUUUACAGACAGAAAAUGAAGAACUCAAAGAAGAAAUAUUCAAAUUAGCAACGCAAAUAGGCGUGUUGAAAAAUUCAUUAUUGCAUGUGAACAACAGACACUUGAGGAAGAAUGGUUGUCAGAGUUGCAAUCCAAUUGCUUCGAAUCAACAGAGCCCUACAAGUAAAACGGGUAGCUUUUUCAAAAGUUUGGGAUCUAAUAGCUGUUUAGCGCCUUCAACAAGCUCUUAAAAACUGUAUACAAUAUGUAAAAGGAAAUACAGGAUUUUUAUUAUUAAUAAAAUAUUUACUUUACAAAUAUA